AUGAAUUAUUCUGAGAUAGAUGAAGAUGACGAAGAUUUAUAUGAAGGGUUAGAGGUCGACAAUUUGCUACAGGGAUCAAACGAAAAAAGAGCCGAUGAAAAAAAAAAGGAAGUCGAGAAAGCUAUCGUUAAGCCAAAAGAACAAUUUUUUGAAAAAUCGAGAAAAAGUUUAUAUAAAAAAUUAAGUGGUGCCAAGGUUGUGUACACAAAAAAGGAACCAUGUCUAUUCCUAGGAGCUCCUCAAGCAAGUGAAGACAUUGAUGAGAGAGAACACAAAAUUGAAUAUUUAUUAUUAGUAAAUUUGUUAUAUUUUAUAAAUGAUAUAGUAAUUAAAAGCUUUUGUGAACAAAUUGGGAAAGUGAAAAGAGUCAUAAUACUAGAAGAUGAAAAACAUGGGAAAUCAUUAGGUAUGUGUAUAGUUGAAUUUUACAUUUUAGAGUCAACACAAAAUAAUUAUGUUGCAUAUUUGAAAGAAAAACUAAAGGUAGAUGUUAGAAAAUUAAGCUCUAAUUUAGUAGAACUAAUAAAAUCAGAUGAAUUAUAUAGCUAUGGAGGCUAUUUGAAUAAUAACAUUAUUGAAUUAAUAAAAAAAGAUAAUUCAGAUGUACUACAUACAACAGAAAAUAUUCAGGACGCAUUAAAUAAGUCAUUAAACUUAAACAAGCAUCCAAUUUUUAGUUGGUUUAAUACUAGCAUGAAAGACGUUCUUAAUACUUAUGUUAAAUCGGAGUUAAAGAAAAAAAAAAAAAAAAAUUCCAAUAUAAAUGAUUACAUGGAUAGGAAAAAUGAAAGUGACUCUGAUUCAGAAAGUGACAUAUCUACGCAUAUUAUAGAUUACGUGUCUAAAAAGGGCAAAUUCACAUCUUAUAGUAAGUUGUAG